AUGGUAAUUCACACAGGACAAAGCCCAUACACUUGUGUUCAGUGUGGAAAGAGUUUCGGACAGAAAUGCAAUCUGGAGCAACACAUGAGAAUUCACACUGUAGAGCGACCGUACACAUGUCUUCAGUGCGGAAAGAGUUUCACACAGAAAGGAAAUUUUAAAGUGCACAUGAGAAUUCACACUGGCGAGCGUCCGUAUACGUGCAGUGAGUGCGGAAAGAGUUUCAGGGAGAAGAAAUCUCAUAAACUGCAUAUGAGAAUUCACACUGGAGAGUGUCCACACACAUGUCUUCAGUGCGGAAAGAGUUUCUCACGGAAAGAAAAUUUUAAGCUGCACAUGAUAAUUCACACUGGUGAGCGUCCACACACUUGUCUUCAGUGCGGAAAGAGAUUCAUAUACAAAGAAAGUUUUGAAUCGCACAUGAAAAUUCACACUGGAGAGCGUCCGUAUACGUGCAGUGAGUGCGGAAAGAGUUUCAGGGAGAAGAAAUCUCAUAAACUGCACAUGAGAAUUCACACAGGAGAGCGUCCACACACAUGUCUUCAGUGCGGAAAGAGUUUCACACAGAAAGGACAUUUUAAAGUGCACAUGAGAAUUCACACUGGAGAGCGCCCGUAUACGUGCAGUGUGUGCGGAAAGAGUUUCAGGGAGAAGAAAACACAUGAUUUCCACAUGAUGAUUCACACUGGAGAGCGCCCAUACACUUGUCCUCAGUGUGGAAAGAGUUUCGGACAGAAAUCCGGUCUGGAUUAUCACAUGAGAGUUCACACUGGAGAGCGCCCGUACACAUGUAUUGAGUGUGGAAAGAGUUACGGACAGAAAUGCACUCUUAAGACCCACAUGAAGAUUCACACUGAAAAAAUCCCACACGCAUGUGUUCAGUGUGAACAACAAUUCAAAACGGAGGGAAGCCUUAAAAUUCACAUGAGACUUCAUCUUGAAGAAACCCCAGACAGCAAGAGAGCAGAUGAAAAACAUUGAAUAAUGU